AUGAGGUCUCUCUCUUUGACUUUGUCUCUGGCGCUGUCCCUGCCCCCUCCUGCUGAUGCUGACUCUGCCGUUCGCUCCAAGUGGGCGACCCGCGAUGCUGCUGCACGUCUUGCUGUGCGUCGCCACCUCCCUUCCUCUGAGCGUGCCCACUUUAGUCAGUGCAAGACCGCUCAGGCCUUGUACGACGCUGUAGUUGCGCGCUACUCCUCCCCUUCCUCCGCUACCCUUAGCCGCCUCAUGCUACCGUUUCUCUUCCCUGACCUCGCUUCCUUUCCCACUGUCGCUGACCUCGUUACCCACCUCCGCGCUAGUGACACCCGCUACCGCGCUGCCCUUCCUGCUGAGUUCCGCGCUGCGAACCCUCCUCCCAUGUACAUCACUCUCUACUUUCUCGUCACCCGUCUCCCUGAGUCCCUUCGUGUCGUUAGGGACCAGUUUCUCUCUGUCUGUCCCACCACUCUCACUGUCGACCUCCUUGAGGAGUCCCUGCUAGCGGCUGAGAAGAGUAUUGUCGCUGUAGGGGCCUCUCGGGUCGGUCGGCGCGGCGUCUGCCCCCAGUCGGCAGACGCCGCGCUGGCAAGGGCAAGGGGGGCAAGGGGAGCGGGUGGAGCUAGAGGGGCGGUGGAGGAGGCGGUGGGGGUGGCGGGGGGAGUGGGGGUGGCGGUGGGGGUGGUGGCGGGAGUGGAGGUACUAGUGGCGGCGGUGGAGGCGGAGGUGGCGGCGGAGGUGGUUAGCGGAGGAGGCGGUGGGAGCGGUGGGAGCGACGGUCCUGGUGGGGGAGGUGGCGGUGGAGACGGGGGUGGCGGUGGAGGCUGGGGGUGGCGUGGAGGCGGGGGUCGGAGUGGCUCGUCCCAGCGGAGCAGCUCUGGGGGUGGUCAGCGCCAGCAGCAGCAGCAGCAGCAGCCGCAGCAGCAGCCCAAGCAGCAGCAGCGCUCUCGCACCGUCCCCGGCCCCUCAGCAGCUCCGUGA